AUGGACGUUGAAGCUAGAAAUAAAUAUUGCGGUCUCUUGAUGUUCACACCUUCGACAGGUGUUUCUGGAACCAAGAACAACAUCAUAGUAGAUUAUGAUACAACUUCUUUCACCUCAUUCUCUGAGUCAGAGUAUCAAUACAAUGAUUCGUCCUCUAUCGCCGCUGGCGCCGCAGCAACAGAUGAGAAUGAAAAUGGAAACAAAUCUCCAUCCGGAUGUUCAAAAUCUCAACAGGAAAAACGUCCUCCUCGUCCCCCAAAUGCAUUCAUUCUCUAUAGAAGAGAAAAACAACCCGCUAUCUUAGCCGCUCACCGUCAUCUUACCAACGCUCAAAUUUCGAGAUAUAUUGCGGAUUUAUGGAGAGGAGAAUCUAACGAAACACGUUUACACUGGGAACGGGAGGCAGACAAAACAAAGUUAGAACAUAUGAAAGCAUACCCUAAUUAUGUCUACCGUCCCAACAAAAAGGGGAAGAACGAUAAGAAGCGCAGAGAACGACGGAAAUCAUCCAAUCCAUUACUUUCCACAAACUCGGUGGAACCCGGUCCAAUCAAAGUAAAGAUAAAUAAAGGACAAAAUCGAAUGAACCCCCUGAGCGGACAAGAUACAACAAAAGUUUCCGAUAGUUAUCAAAAUAAUAUGACGCCAAUUUCGCCAAUGCCAACUUCUUUGGAAUCUUCAGACUGGAUGAGUUUUAGCACUAGUGCUAAUGAAGAUAUUCCACUUCCAGUUACACCCCAACAACAAUUCCCAGGAUUUGCGGAUUUGUGGCCAAUGAUUCCAUCACAACCAGUCGUAUUAUCUCCAAAUCAUUCAAAUUUACCGCACUUGACUUUUCAAAAUAUCAAUGAACUUCCACCUACAUUCCGUGAAGAAAUCAUUGAUCCUUCUUCAAUAAUGCUUCUUAAUGAUCAUCCUUUUUUAGACCAAACCGUUUUUAUCAACACCAAAUCCCCAAACAAUAAUAACCCUAACACUG